AAGCCCCGAGCCUGGAGCUGACCGGAGCGGGGGGCCGGAGCCCAGAGAGCGGCUCCAAACCCGCGAGCCGGGUGACUGGCAGCGCGGGGGGCGACGGCAAGACCCGGGAAAAGACCGAGGGUUAAUCGCGCGGGGCCGUCCAGCUCCGAGCCCCGGGGCCCGCCGCCCCGCCGGGACGGCAGCUGAGCGCGGGGACGAGGGAGCGACGCGGCCCGGGUUGACCCGAAGGCACCGGCUCCCGGUCAGGUGCGCGCAUCAGGGCGGGAGGGGCGCGCCAUGGAGGCGCCCGGCGGCGCUGGUCGGCAAGACACCCAGUGAGGCGGUCGGGCCGGGGUCGGCGGCCCCGCGGGCCAUGUACGGAGACGUGUUCAACGCCACGGCCGGCCCCGAGGCGGCUGGAGGCGGCGCGCUGGCCCUGGCAGCCACGGUCAAGGCAGAGGGCGCUUUGCCGCUGGAGCUGGCCACGGCGCGCGGCAUGCGGGACGGCGCGGCCACAAAGCCCGACCUGCCCACCUACCUGCUGCUCUUCUUCCUGCUGCUGCUGUCCGUGGCGCUCGUCGUCCUCUUCAUCGGCUGCCAGCUGCGCCACUCGGCCUUCGCCGCCCUGCCCCACGACCGUUCGCUGCGCGACGCCCGCGCGCCCUGGAAGUCGCGGCCGGUGUAGCGGCGGGGGGAGCCAGGGCCGCCAGACGCAGUGUCCCCGUCUCACCGCCGGCCGCCGGGAGGAGCCGGGCCGCGCGAGCCCGACGCCGGGGGUCGCUGGCCCCUGGGAACGCCGCGCCCUGACCCAAAGACCUUUUACGACCUCGAGCGGCCACCGGGGCGUAAAGGGAGUCGGAGGCGCUCGCAGGCUGCGCGGGGGCGCGAUCCUACCGGCCGCAGGCACCACGGUUCCCAUCCCCUGGCGGAGUCUUGCUUCCCCGCUCCACCACCGGACAGCGGGUCUAGCAGGGGUGCCUUCCUGAAAGACGGAGAGCCAGCCGGGACGCCGAGCCUUCUCCGCCGCCCGCCGCCUCCUUUGCUCUGCACAAGGAAGGGGCAGACACGGCUCGACUAGCGCGCAACUAGCCAGGAGCCGCCUCUCCGGACUCCCUGGCCCCGUGGCUGUCUUCCCGUGGCUGUUACUGCCUCUUCCUCGCUUGGGAACCUAGAAUCUGAGCGUGAACUCAGCCGAACUAGGAAAUGAUCCCUUUGGGGGGCUGUGUCCCCCGGGGGAAACGAGGGGAUGCCGAGUUUCAGUAGGUCCCGCCUGGGUCCAAGGGCUCCAUUUUCUCGGUGGGCACGGGCGGAGGGGAAGCUGGUCUAGAAGCAGCGGGUCGCACCUGCGGCACCCUGUGGUCGGGGAUCCGCGUCCCGCACUCUCCAAUAAAACCUCACCGAAUUCGA